AUGGUGUUCACUCCCAUUCUUGCACUCGCAUUUGUCGCUCUCACGCCAAUUGUCAAUGCCUACCCGGUCACUGGCAGCGUCAUCGACUGCCACUCUGGUCCAGGAGCCUCUCACUCUGUAGUCAAGACCUACGAGGAGAGAGCUGACAUUGAAAUCGUCUGCCAGGCCACCGGCACUACCGUCGAUGGCAGCGACAUCUGGCACCAAACCGUCGACGACUGCUAUGUUUCCGACUUCUCCAGCGAUGUCACCGAGGAAUGCCCCAGCGAAGACACUGUCGAUGACGAAGACACCCUGAGCGAAGGCGCCCUCAGCGAGCGCAGCACCAGCAGCAAUCUGCCCGGUCUCUCGGCCACCCAGACCAAGCACGCAAAGGCCAUCAUCGCAGAGGCCAAGAAAGAGGGCCUGGGUCGUCAGGGCUGUCUCGCUGGAAUUUCAACCGCUCUUGUUGAGUCUAACAUUCUUAUUUACGCCAACAAGAAGGUCCCCGCUUCUCUCAAGUAUCACCAUGAUGCUGUGGCUGAGGACUACGACAGCGUGGGCAUCUUCCAGCAGCGGGCUGUUUACUACCCCAACAUCGCUGCUGAUAUGGAUGCUGCAAAGUCGGCCGCGCAGUUCUUCAAGAUCAUGAAGAAAGUCAGUGGCUGGAAGAAAAUGAAUACUGGCAAACUUUGCCAGAAGGUACAGGGCUCCGCGUACCCGAGUCGGUACCAGGAGCGUGUCCCUGAGUCUAAGAAGAUUUGCUCUGCUGGUGGCCUGUAG